CGGGCACGCCGCCGCCGAGCCCACCGGUGCCACCGAGCCCGCCGGCGGCGGGCACCGACCCGCCGCUGAGUCGCCGCCGGGAGCUGCGGAGCGCAGCCCACCAGGAGCAUGGCCCAGCCAGAGAGCAAGCUGGUGUCCCCGCCGGUGGCACCCUCGUCCCCCGAGCUGGAGUGCCACAUCUGCUACAGCCGCUUCGACGCCCGUGCCCGCAGGCCCAAGCUGCUCCGCUGUGGCCAUCGCCUCUGUGCCCGCUGCCUGCGCAGGAUUGUUCCCCCGGGGGACACUUCAACCCCCCAGCUCCGCUGCCCCUUCUGCCGCCAGCACAGCCCGGUGCCGGGCGGGGACGUGCAGCAGCUGCAGGAUGACUGUGAGGCACUGGCGCUGCUGACAGGCCGUGAACGGGCCAAGAAACGGGGCCCGCCCCUCUCUCCUGAGGUACUCCUUUGCCCCAGCGUGCUGGAGCCCACAUCCAGCCCCGACUGCCUGGUUGUCACCAUCCUGGAGGUGCCAGAGGACGUAGCCCCACCGGAGAGCCUGGGCAGGCUGGAGGUGGUGCGGCUGUACCGCCCCACGAGCCUGGGUGCCCUGCCCUGCCACGGCCCCGGGCAGAAGUGGCGCUCCUGGGGCUGGCAAGCCAUCCCCCGCUUCAUUCUGGGCGUCCUCUGCCUCCUCUACUUCAGCUCCCUGCCCUUCGGCAUCUACCUCCUGCUCAUCGAGCACCACAGCCUGGGCAUCAUCCUGGUCAGUCUUGUGCCCUCCACCCUCCUCCUCUGCAUUGUCUACAGCCUCUGCCAGUGCCUGUGCCUGGAGGUCUUUGGGUUCCCCCACUCCUGACCCUGCACAGCCACCCCCUGUGCCUGAGCCAGGCCGGAUUUGGGUUCCUUGAGGUACACACGUCCUCUGACCCACAGCAUGCUCCGCCUGGGCCACGGGGAGAAGCUCAGUGCCUGGUGCCUUCCCGUGCAGAGCAGCACUGUCUUUUCCAUGUGGGUGCUCACACUGGCUGGAGCAGCUGCAGGAGCUCGUGUCAGCCUACAAGCAUUUGGGCCAGACCUCGGCUCUUGCCCUCCUCCACAGCAGACAAAGAGCAGGAGCCAGGAGGACACCGAUGCCAGCAGAGUGCUGGGCACUGCAGCC